CUUCGCGGCUGUUACUUCCGGUAGUCUUGCUGCACCGCUGCUGGCUGGUGUCAUAGAGUUACGGUUGUUUUCAGUGUGCCCCGCAGCCAGUGGCAGCCUUGCUUAGAGCUGUUAUUUUGGAGGAUUAGAGAGAGGAUGAAGGAGCUCAGGGAGGAGGAGAGACGGAGAAAUCGCCGGGCACACAGUCCAGAGCCAGCCUUAAUAAAACAGGAGAGGGUGAGCCCCCCAGCCAGGCCUCACCGGAGCCGGCGGAGCCCGAGCCAUGGCAGCAGCGCAGAGGAAUCCCUCCAGGGGGGCCGCAGGAGGAGCAGGUAAGCAGGCCGGGGGAGGAGGGGGAGGACGUGUUGCUGUGAUAGGGUUAUACACGAUCAGGGGGUAUUCACUAAACUGAAAACUUAGAGUGGAUUUCAAGACGAAGGACACAAUAGCCACCCUUGAAUCAGUAGCUGACUUAGGGAAUGUUUCCAGUUCGGCUGUUUAGUCCUUAGAUUUGAAAUGUACUUUGAAUUCUCACUUCACUGAAUAACCCGAAAACAGCUAAUUGUCAGGAUGUGGAAAUCAAUGGUGUAUUCUCAUAGUUGGUACAGUGUUUUGAUGUCACAAGAAACUCUUCCCGCAGCGUAAACAAAGUGAUUUCACUUUUCCUAAAUGGCAGGAGAUUGAGUAAUGACACCAUAGUACAGGGUCAUGAGCUACACAACCAAAUCUGUUUAAGCUUAAAGGAACACUAUAGUCAGGAAUGCAAACAUGUAUUGCUGAUACUAUAGCUGUAAAAACACUGUUUAGGUUCUUUACCUUUAUUCCUGGGCUGUGCCAUUAUCGAUGCAACAGGCUACACUUUGCUCCACCUCCUUUGUUGAGAUCAUCAAAUUUGACAAUCUCAGCCAACCCAAUUCUUUCCCAUUACAAAGCAUUGGAAGUUUUUUGUGCAUUUGUGUCAAAAUUCUGCACUGCGCCAAUCAGCAUCUCCUCAUAGAGAUGCAUUGAAUCAAUGCAUCACUUUUGGGAGCCCUCAGCGUCUCCACAUAGAACGUGUAGCAUUGACCCAGGAUGCACCUCUCUCUCUCUAUUGUGCGGCUGAAUGAUCCUAGGCACCAAUGUAAACACUGUCAUUUCUCUGAGAAGGCAGUGUUUACACACAAAAAAAUAUGUAGAGGGCGGGGCUUGGAUGCCAUACUGAAUGGUCACAGCCCGCCGGGGACUUAAGCUCCUGAAAAAAAGCUUGAAACGAAAGCAAUUUUAAGGACAUUUCUUCCAUGCACCUGGACAUUCUUACAAAGAUACCCUCGUCUGACAAAGCUGGGGCAAAAUUGGAGUGGGUUCCAGACUCGUUACGCCUGCUAACCGGCAGCUGUGGCCUACACCCUGUUGCGGCCUGGUGUUCUCUGGAGGGAGAGGUAGACAAUCUCACUUUCCGGGGUGGCCUGGAUUUUUCCUCCUGCAGUUUAUCCGAGCCCCGUACUCCCCCACCCCCCUCCUUUAGACCGGUUGGGGUUAUCCCGGCCCCCACCAAAGCGAGCACUCACCACUAUGAAGCUCCUUGGAAAAUCUCGGGAAGGAGGCUCACUCACAGCCAAUUCAAAAUUGCAACGGCAAUACUACCCAUGCUCGGGCACAACUUGGAAGCUGGGAGGCAGCAUUCCUGCAGCGGUUCGAUGUCAUGUGUAAGAGGUACUGGAGAGAGACUCGGCAACAACUACCUAAGCCACCUACAUCUAAGGCUAGAGGCACACACACUGGGAGGGAGACACACAAGAUAUGCGCAUGCACACAGAUUGAGAGGCACGCACACAGAUUGAGAGGCAGGAGGAGAGACAGACACGCACGCAUUAUUGUUAACCAUUCAGUGUGUCCCAGAGAAAAUUCCAAAAAUGAUUGUGAUUGUCCAUCCACCAAAAUAGAUCUUUCUUGACCUUGAAAGGAUAUCAAGAUCUCUUGAAUCAGGUCCGCAUUCGAAAACUCAACUCUAUUUGACAUAUCCUUAUAUGCCACUCAACCCAUCUUGUAAGUUCUAUCAAAGAGAAUAGAAGGCUCAGAAGAUUAAAAAAUUAGGAAAAAUCCCUGGAGAAAAAUAUAAGACUAAUAUAUUAACAAGUGAAGAAAUGAUUACCUGCAGUCAAAGAACGUAUUGAAAAACCACCGCAGGAAGGAGAAAACCAAACUUCAACCAGCGCAACCGUGAGCAUCGAGGACCAUCAGGAGAUGGAACAAAACCAUAAAUAGAUGUUUGGGGAUUAAAGUGAGCCCGAGGGAAAUCAUGUCCAAUGGACCAAUCUGGCAUGCAUUCCACCUGUAUUUCACGGCUGUAAUAGGCCUAAACUAGCAGACGUGCGUAGGUGUGAAAAUCGAUAUGCAUUCCACCAUGCUUUCCACAGCCGAAACGCAUUCGGAAAGUGGAAGAAAAGGAGGGAAACCCAGAAGUCGAAUAGACAAACAGUAAUAAAAGGAUGAGGCCCAGCCACCCUCUUGGGGGUAAAUAAUUAUCCAAUAAAGCAACAGAAAACCUGUCUUCUUGACAAUUCUGCCAAUGGAACAGAAAAGUGAAUAUGUAUGGGAAAGCCAAGAUAGUCCACAAUUAGGCAGGUGUAUCCAUAUUCGGGAAUUAUCACCUCAAUGGUGGCACAUCCAGCUGCAACCUAUAGCAUCACUACAGCAUAAUUCCACUGUCGCUAAGGGGAGAGGUGCCAUGUCCUGAAGCUUCCAUGGGGAAAGAAGCUGAACCCCCACGCGCUAGGGAUAUUUUUAGACCCAAGUAAACCACAAAAGAAAAAAGAGAAGGUGCAAAACAAUCCUAUCUGGUGGGAUGUAGGGAAUUAAGUCUUUUUAUUGUUUAAUUAUGUGUUUCUGUCCAAUUUAGGAGUGGGAGGAAGUAUUUACAUCUGUAGUGCCGCCAUUUAUAUAUCCGGGAAAGUAUUUUUAUUUAUUUUUUUUCAGAUUUUUAUGUUGCAGCCUUAUGCUAUAAUUGUUUAAAUUAAUUUUUUGACAUCAAUCUACACCUUACUCCAUAAGGACAAAGUUUUGAAAAUGUAUUAAAACAGGGGUGCCCAAAAGGUAGAUCCCAAGAUGAUGUAGAACUACAACUCACAUGAUGCUUUUUAUGCCUUGAGAAUGGCAGCGCAUCAUGAAAGCUGUAGUUUUAAGGUUAAUACAGCAUUAUGGUAAUAACAUUUGAGAUUAUCUCGCCCCGAAUUAAUAAAAUAAAGUGUUUUACUUACCUUUAUUCCAUCCCUUGCCUCUCCGAUCUCUGUGCUGCUGCCCCAUCUCCCUGGCUAAUGUUAUCACUGCUUCCCCAUAGGUAAUCACUAGGAGAUGCGUGCACAGGAAUUCGCCCUCAGCACCAAUCAGGAUGAGUAGGUUGGAAUACCACUUUAGUCCUUGGACAAGUAGAUUAUUUAUUCAUUUUUAAUUUCCACACCCUUGCAUACAUUUAAUGUAUAUAAAAAGAAAAGUGGGGGGUUGACACUUCAGGUUCUGACUAUUUCUUUAAGCAGGUGAUAAUCAGGAUUCAUUGAGCAUGGGGAAAGAUUUUAAUACACAGGGUGGUGGAAACAGAGAAGGGAACUUCAUAGAUAUCGUUAUUUGGUCAUAUUUAUUAACUGCUAAUCAAUUUAUAUGUAAUUAGAAUUUACAUCCUGCAACAAGUCAAUUCACCGUGGAUCCAUCCUCAUUGUAUACUGGGUUUGCAUGGUUGAAUGUUCUUUUAUUUAUUUUUCUUUAGAUCACCAGCAAAAAGGAAAAACAAGUCAUCUGGCAAACGAAGCAAAUCACCCAAGUAUAAGAGAAGUAGAAGUAAGAGCAGAAGUCCACCUCACUUGAUGGUUAAAGUGAAGCAGGUAGUUAAAGUCUAUUUUGUGUUUAUUGACUGAAAUCCUUUUGGAAUCUGUUCCUCAUGUUUUGAUUGUUCUGCACAUUUUAGCUUCUCUAGAAAUGUGAUAACCUGUAAAAACCUUCAUGAGGGAGGGUUGUGUUUUUUUGAUGUAUUAUCAUAAUUUUUUCAAUCUUGUUGAUAUAUUGUGUAUUGUUUAUCACUUUUGUCUGAGGAUAUAACCUCUGAGAAUGCAUAGAUACCAGUUUAAUUGGUAUAACUUUUUCAAGUGCUAUAAAUAUUGCAGUGUAUGUUUUAGGGCAGAUUUGGAGAUUUGGCCCUGUUAAUUGCAUCAUUUAUGAGUGGUUCCGAACCUUUUUUUUACUGGAGGGUCCCUUGGCAGCCUUUCCAUAAAUUGUACCCUUUAUAUUAGCAAAAUGUUUGUUGUUAUUAUAGUUGCUGUUAUUUUAUUUCUCUGCUCCAGGCACCCCCUGCUUCUCCUCUGCCCCAGGCACCCCCUGCUUCUCCUCUGCCCCAGGCACCCCCUGCUUCUCCUCUGCCCCAGGCACCCCCUGCUUCUCCUCUGCCCCAGGCACCCCUGCUUCUCCUCUGCCCCAGGCACCCCUGCUUCUCCUCUGCCCCAGGCACCCCUGCUUCUCCUCUGCCCCAGGCACCCCUGCUUCUCCUCUGCCCCAGGCACCCCUGCUUCUCCUCCCUGCUUCUCCUCUGCCCCUGCUUCUCCUCUGCCCCUGCUUCUCUGCCCCCUGCUUCUCCUCUCCCCUGCUUCUCCUCUCUGCCCCUGCUUCUCCUCUGCCCCUGCUUCUCCUCUCUGCCCCUGCUUCUCCUCUGCCCCUGCUUUCUCCUCUGCCCCAGGCUGCCCCCUGCUUCUUCUGCCCCAGGCUGCCCCUGCUCUCUGCCCCUCUGCCCCAGGCUGCCCCUCCUCUGCCCCAGGCUGCCCCCUGCUUCUCCUCUGCCCCAGGCUGCCCCCUGCUUCUCCUCUGCCCCAGGCUGCCCCCUGAUCUUCCUCUGCCCCAGGCUCCCCCUGAUCUUCCUCUGCCCCAGGCUCCCCCUGAUCUUCCUCUGCCCCAGGCUCCCCCUGGCAUUUGCCAUUAGCGCUGUUUCUAGGGCCUGCAAAAUCUUAUUAAAAUGUUUAUAAAGGGAGGCCCAUAAUCCUCUCAAGAUCAAAAUGGAUUUCUUCUUAUCACUCAUAGAUUUGAAGAUCAUUACAAUGGAUUACUUGUCCAGAGUUCUUGGUCUUCAAGCAACCAUGCUUUCAGACAAAAUACUAAAAUUAAGGAAUGUUCUAUAUUUCCGCCCACAUAUUUUCCAAUAGUGGAUUAUAAUGUGGAGAGAAAACAGGGCAGCUGCUGCCUACAUAAAUCACCUGGGUUGUUGUCUAGAGUCCUACAGUGAUGAAGAUAAAACCUCUUGUGCUAUGGGCACAAAAGCCGUUUACCAGGCAAAGACAACUUAUAUGCUGACUUUCUAAGUCGAAAUACAAUUAACAAUCACAAGUGGUCCCUCUCCAAAGCCAUAAUCAAACAGAUAUGCCAUAAAUGGGCCUCUGUUAAAUUGAACUUGUGGCCACAAGCAAGUAGGUCAAUUCAAAGUCUUUUAUUCCUGAUCCAAAAGUAUUUUGAACGGAUGCUCUAAUUCCUGAGAACUCUAGGCAACUUGGUUUGCUCUCCUAUGUUAAGGAAAUGCCUACAGGGACAUCUCGUCCAAAUUCGAUCAGACAACGCAAUGACAGUUGAAUAUCUAACCUCACAAGGAGGAACUCAUUCUCCCUCCCUGACAUGGGUGUGUUCCUGUGUGAUGCUGAAAAAACAUCUUAACUUUUUGCCCUUACUCUGGUUUCUUGUAAAGGAGAAGCUGUCUUUGUAUCCACUCUUAGUUCUUGAAAUGUCUCGAUUACCUGCAAAGUCCUGAAAGAUGGGCCCAUUCCAUUCGAUCGGUCUCUGCAUCUGGGGCGGCUGAAUUUGAGGUCUCCAUGGAAAACCGUGCUGCUCCUUGGCAGUCUUUGAGCACCUACAUUUGACUUUACAAACCUUUGAUUUUGGAUUCCUCGGAUGCUAAAUUUGGAAAGAAGGUCCAUUCUGAUGUUUCUUUGAGUUCAUAAGAACGCUCCGUUUUUUGCAUAUGUUACCUUCUGUCUGUCAUUUAAUUUUCUUUCUUGGGUACUACCCAUAUAUGUUGCCUUGAUUAACCAAAAAAAAAUACUUACUGUAAUUUUCUUUAUUUUCAAUGGCAAUAUAUAGUUUCCACUCUGUUGCCUAGGUUUUUUUUGUUUGGGAAGCUAAUAAUGAGACUGGUGUAACACAGUAUAUAAAGUUUUUUGCAAAUCUUUAAUUAUUAUCCUGUUCUGAUAAGCUGAGAGGGCAGAUCUACCUGCAGUCGUUGGAAAAAGAAAAUACACUCUCUUUGAAUUCUAUGGUUUUACAUAUCCGGACAUUGUAACAAUAAUCUAUUCCUCAGUGUAAUGGAUCACCUGGCACCUCGACUGGGUACCUCUGUUUAAGGAUGCUCCUAGCGCUUCCCAAGGGCUCCAAUCACUCCACUUGACACCAUAAGUACUGCAGACCCCCACGAACCGCGGUCUCCUACCCACCCUGGACCUAUGACAAUGCUCCAGGUUCCAGUGGGUGAACCUUUCUUUCCCCAGAGAGUGAUGCAUGAACAAACUCUUACAAGAGCUGUGUGAUUAUGCAAGGAGUAUGAAGAGCAUAGCAAUCACUUGUAGCAGAUUCCCCCAGUAAUAGACAGGAAUCCCCCAGUAAGAGACAGGAAAUUGAGGGUGAAGUAGUACUGAAGUUUAAUGACACAUACUCUGCUUUUAUGCAAUUCUCCCAUGCAAGGGAGACACCCACAGACAACUAGGUAUUAUCCAAUCACUAACUGGUUACACCUUAGCCUGAGAGGUAACAUAAUUAACUGUACAGUUUAAACACACAUUUCUAUAACUUUAAAACUAUACAUCACAUUCGCAUAAAACUUAAUUUUUUAGAAACCGCAUAAUUAUGGGAACAACAUAUCCAAAUUUCAUUUGGAUCCGUUCGGAAGUUAGCUAGUAGUUUCUUUUGACCGACCGCACGCACAUUUUCAUGCCCAAAACAGUUCCAGAGAUUUGAGCUGUGCGAACGGGUCCCGUUCGACUCCAUUUGAAUGUAAUAGUUCCAGGUAAGGUAAAACUUCAGCCGUGUUCAUGCCGUCGAGUAGCUGAUUUCAGUACCAUGAACUCGAUGGCAAAACACAGCUGACCGCGUUCGGCUGAAUUAAAAUGGCCGCCGACACAUGUUCGUUUUUCGUAAGGUGGCCACUUCGGCUGCAUCCGAAGUGCCAUAUAAAAAGUACAGAUCUUUACCCAGAGCAUUUAAAAGGCCGGAAACAAUCCAAUAAAAGUCCAUAAGCCCAAAUGACGCUUUUAAAAGGCAAUACAUCCCAGGGGCCAUAGUCACAGGGCAGGAGGCGGGCAAGCAGGCCCCUCCAAAAACUCACGGCGAACUCCCUAAAAAAGGGGGGUUUGCCACACUUGGCAUGUCUUAAAAUUAAGUAAAUACAAUUUCAGAUGAACAACAACACAACAUAUUACAGGGUAAAAAUUUAUUUCACCAAAAUUUAGCCAAAAUUGAGAAGCCAUUUGUUAAAAAUGAAGUACACCUUAUAAUUCAAUAGUUUGUAAAACCACCAUUAGCAGCAGUAACUUGAUGUAGUAAUUUUCUGAAUAACUUUAUCAGUCUCUCACAUUGUUGGGAGGAAUUUUGGUCCACUGUUUUCAACGUUUCUUCAGUUCAUUGAGGCUUCCUGACAUUUAAGGUCCCGCCACAGCACUUCAGCUAGAUUGAGGUUUGGACUUUAACUUGACCAUUGCAAGACCUUGAUUCUUUAAUUUGUCAGUCAUUCUGUUGUAGAUGUGCUUGUCUCCUUCUAACUAUAAUAAAAAUGAGGCGUAAUUAUUAAUCUGUGGGUAAGUAUUAAUGUUUCGUUUGGAUAUGAUACUGGAACACAAGGCUACUGGCCAUUAACAUAUCAAAAGACCCCUUAUCUAAGAGGGAAUCUAGACACAUGACAAAUUAGAGAGUUAGUUUAUAUUUAAACCAGACGUCCAGGCCACUUAUGUGUGACUUCUCACACCUUACAGAGUAGCUUUAUUGGGGUCCCAGCUUCAAAGAGGAAUUUAGGCUGUAAACCUUCUUCCCUCCCAUACAAUCAAAUUAACCCCUUUUGGAAUUGACAAUACCACCUCUACCAAGCAGCCAGUUCAUCUAUGCACUACACAAAUUACAUAGAUGAACUGGCUGCACCUUGCUGUGCCAGAAGGUGUUUGUGCCGAUAUGAUCUGUUUGGGUUUUGUCAAACGUAGUGCUUAGCAUUAUGGAAAGACUUUUUCAGUUUGGUCUCAUCUGCCCAAGGGACAUUGGGACAUUGUUCCAGAAAUCUUGUGGUUUGCUCACAUGCAACCUAAGCUAUGCUUCCAUCUUCUUUUUUGAAAGAAAAGGCUUUCUACUGGCAAACGUUCCAAACAAGUCAGUCUUUUUCUAAUUGUAGAGUAAUUACAUUUAGCAUGCUAACUGAGGCAUGUAGAGUCUGAAGUGUAACUCUUGUUGUUGUUUUUUUUUUUGUUGCAAUUUCUCUGAGCAUUGCAUGGUCUGGCCUUGGGGUGAAUUUGCUGGGACGUCCACUCCUGGGAAGAUUGGCAACUGUCUUGAAUGUUUUCCACUUUUGAAUAAUCUCUCACUGUAGAAUGAUAGACUUUAAAUUGUUUGGAAAUAACAUUUCCCAGUUUGAUGGGCAGCAACAAUUACUUCUCAAAGACAUUGCUGAUAUUGUUCCUCCUUGGCAUUGUAUGAACACACCUGAAUGCUCCAGACGAGCAACUAUUAAAACUUUGUAUUUUAUAGAGGUUGUGGUCACACUUGCUGAUGAUCAAUUAAUUGUUUGAUUAGCAGUACCUGUCUGCUACUUGGCAUCUAAAUAUGUAUGUAAGUAGUAAGGGUGUGCUUGGUUUUUCACACAUGGCUUCUCAUUUUUAGCUUUAUUUUUGUUAAAUAAAUCAUGACAGUGUAAAAUGUCAUGUGUUUUUGUUCAUAUGAUCUUGUAUUUAAUUGCUAAGGAACAGAUUAUUGUUAUGUCUUGAUAUAUUAAAACCAUAUAAACCAUAAUAUAUGUAAAACCAUAUAAUUCAAAGAAGGUGUAAGUUUUUUUUCCCAUGACUGUAUAUCAGGGAAAAAUGACGGUAAGUAUGAAUACAUUUUCUGUGUGUUCUCUUAGGUUUUUUUUGUUUUUUUUUAAUCUCUAGCUCUGUUAAUUGAACUUUAAUCUUACACAGGAGUUUCCUGCAGACUAUAGGAGGCAAUUAACAGAGCAGGAUAUAAGAUAUUCUAAAUUAAACACACUGCUGUAAAGGAAGUUUAAACAUUAGAUCUCUCUUUACAGGAAGUGUGUAGGUGAGGUUAGGUAUGCAAAAACAAAUAGAUUUAACGCCUAGAUGGCAGAGAAUUAAACAGUUAGAAUGCAGGGCAUGAUCUGUACAACCAAACCUCUUCAUUAAGCACUGCAGAAUUAGAUGGCGCUAUAUAAAUUUAAUUAUUAAGCUACAGUAGGUUUUGGUGUUUCCUUUUUUGUUUUUUGUUUUUUAACUUGUUAACUAGCCAAAAAUUUGCAGAGAUGUAUAUGAAUGUACUUGCUGUCAUUUUAUAAGCAUGGUUUAUAACUAUACAAUUUGUUUAAUUUAUUAAUAGGAGAAACAAGAACAUUCUCACAGGUCAAAUGAGGAGAGACAACCCAGAGAAAGUUGGGAGGAAAAUCACAGACAGAAUAGAAACAGAGACCACACAGACAGAGGUCGGUAUAACAUUUCCCGGCCUAGAGAGAGAGAUCGAGAAGAACAUAACUUGAGAGACCAGGCAGCAGAGCGGGAAUUUCAUAAUGAAAGAAGGAGAGAGAGACGUCAGAGAUCAGAGCAAGAAGAACAGUUGGAGAGUCAGAGUACAGAUACUAGUACUGCUCCAGCUAAUAAGGAGAAACCCAACUUUGAACUGUCUGGUGCAUUGUUGGAAGAUACCAAUACUUUCAGAGGAGUUGUGAUCAAAUACAGUGAGCCAGCAGAAUCUCGUAUCCCAAAGAAGCGCUGGCGUCUCUACCCGUUUAAAAAUGAUGAAGCCCUCCCUGUCAUGUACAUCCACAGGCAAAGUGCAUAUCUCCUCGGAAGGCAGAGACGUAUUGCUGACAUACCUAUAGACCACCCAUCUUGCUCAAAACAACAUGCUGUUCUCCAGUAUAGGUAAUUGUUGCACACUUUUUCUUUUUGUAUUAAGUGUUAUAAUGGAAUAUUAUGUGUAAGCCAUAUUAAAUUUGUAUAUAACAGAAGAUCUAGGAUCAAGAGAGUUCUAUAGGAGUUUUCUUUUUGUUUUUUUUAAUUCUAAAGAGUGAUGCCAUCAUAGCAUUUUGACUUCUUUCCUAGGGCCCGCCAGAUUCAGGUCAUUUGCUGUGGGAGAUCGGCAAGGCUUAGGUCAGCAGAGCUUAAAGGAAUACUAAGGGUACCAUGACGACUUAAUCAAAAUGAAAGACCUUGGUGAUGGCUCGCCUUAAGGGGUUACCACACAGUCUGUGUUCCUUUGCCGAAUUUACCUGCCUCUGUUUUCUCAAAACGGGGAAACCAGAAAACUCAUGCAGAGUUACUGCUGAUUGCCUGAGAGUCGUUAUCUGCCGCUCUCAGCUAAUCAUUGGUUCCCUAUUCAUAAACCUGGCUGUAAAAGAAACAAACCACCUGUGAUCAUAACAACUUCGCUUUGAUGAAGUUAUUAUGGUGCCCAAACUGGUCCUUUAGCGGAAGCUAGUAGCAAACCUAGGACCAUUUACAUUGGUGAGUUGUGGGGGAGCUCCAGCUCACUGUAGAGCUUAUGGUACAUGGAGUGUUAUUUUGUGAGUUCUCCUUUAGUGUUCUCUCUCCCAUAGUGAAGUUAAUAUGUCUGAGGUUAGCUUACUGUUUGCAUGUUAACAAUUACCAACUAUAACUCUGUUAGAUCUGUACUCUAGGAUGUUCCUAGUGUUAGUUUGCCUCUCCCGUUUCCAUUAAUACAGUCUUGGAGCAGAUUGCAAAGGAUGCAGAGGUCAGUUAGGUGUGCCUGCAGAAUCAGCAGAGGAAUAGGCAACUGGGGAAAAAAACCUAAAAUUGUUAAUAUCAGCCAAUCGUAUGCACUUCCUGGCCAGUAAAUUAAAUUAUGAGGACAUUAAAUAACAAUGAAGAUGAACAUAUUUGUACAUAAUAAUAGAAUUACUCUUACAAAUUAAUUAUUUUAAUUAUUUUGUUUCAGAAUGGUAUCAUUCACCCGUGCUAAUGGAACACUUGGACGCCGUGUAAGGCCUUACAUUAUUGAUCUUGGUUCUGGCAAUGGAACUUACCUAAAUAACCAGCGCAUUGAAGCACAGCGGUACUAUGAACUUAAGGAAAAGGAUGUACUAAAAUUUGGUUUUAGUAGCAGGGAGUAUGUCAUUCUUCAUGAGUCCUCAGACACUUCUGAAGUAGACAGAAAGGACGAUGACGACGAAGAUGAUGAGUAUGAAGAAGACGAGGGUACUGACAGCUAGCAAACCUGCCAAGUUAGAAACUGGAAUUAAGGACUUCAAACUAUUAUUGUAAAAGGGGCCAGUAUGACAUUUCUCUGCAGAGUGCCAUGUUGCAGUCCUCUUUAUUUAAGAGAAAUUAUUAAUGCGGUUUCAGGAGAAAAAAAAUGUACAUUUUUAUAUAUAUUUUUUCAAUUUCUUUUUGUUUUCUUUUUUGACUUGGUAAGCCACUUAGGAUCAAAAUGAUUUAAUGGAUCGUGACCAGUUCUGUGAACGAGACAGACAGACAUACAUACAUACAUACAUACAUACACACACACUAAAUAAGGUGAAUCUGACACCCGCUAGGAAGUUAAUUUUUGAUAUUAACCAUGUCCCUGCAAGCCCAAUCUUAUAAACUCUAUUAUUUUCUAAAGAAAUUGUGUUUUUAACUGAUAAGUGUGCAAUUGUCCAAUCAAUGGACCAUUCCUAAUCUGCAAUACUAUUAUUUGCAUCAUCAAAUCAGUAAUCCCAAAACAUUAACAUGAUCGAAAACCAUUUAAGUUAAAAAAAUAAAAAGAUUUGUUGCAUGAUCAGUUUUUGAAAAGCAAACCAGAACUGAUUUGAAUCACUUCCUUGUGUAAAAUAAGACAGAGGGUUAGUUAUCAUCUGUUCACCUGAUCCUAGAUACACAGAACAGUUGUGAUUAACAGCAGUGGAUGUCCUGUUACUCAGGUUAUAAUGAAAACUUUUUUUUUAGCAGGGCACAUGGGACUGGAUUUCCUGCAACAAAAUAUAUAUUUUUUUUUUUUUUUUUAACCAGCAGUACUUGCAUGUGCACAAUCAAGCACACUAAUCAUCAAACAAAAAAUGCCUUUAGUAUCGCUUGAACAUCAAAUUUGCAGUGUCAGAUUUUAUAAGGUGAGGAAUAUAUAUUUGGUUUCUAUUUUUUUUUUUAUACUAUUUUUCUACAACGCAGUCACCAAAGGUUCAUUUGUUACUACUGCACAAUGUUUGAAGGUGGGAAAAAAAAAAAUCUUACAUGUUCAACGGAUCACUAUAGGGUCAUGUAUUCCUGACCCUAUAGUGCUAAACCCACCAUUUAGGUGGCUUGGCCCCCCUAUAAAAGUUUAAAACUCACCUUAUUUCCAGCGUCGUGCUAGUCUGCCGUCGCUGGCUCUGCCCCCUUUGUGACGUCAUCAAAAUUACUGAUUUUUAGCCAAUGAAAAGCAUUGGAUUGGCUAAAAUCGGCAUGGGGGCCAAAUGCCGUUUUGGCCAAUCAGGACCUCCUCAUAGAGAUGCAUUGAAUCAGUGCAUCUCUAUGAGGAAAAUUCAGCGUCUCCAUGCAGAAUGUGGGGACGCUGAACUGUGCAGCUCUGAGCCAGGAAGCCCCUCCAGUGGCCACUAGGAGGUGUCCCAAAGGUAAUGUAAACGGCAGUGUUUAAAUGAAAAUGCCUGAAGGGAGCUGUUAUACUCACCAGAACAACUACAUUAAACUGUAGUUGUUCUGGUGACUAUAGUGUUCCUUUAAUUGCAAAAUUUGGGGAAUACUAGCUGCAUGACACAAAUUCUACAAUUGGGCUGAUUUUUUUUCACCCUGGCUAUUUUGAUCUAAGUUCUGCAAUUCAGUUUUUAAUUCAACAACAUUUACUGUCUAGAGAAUAAAACCUUCUAAAGUUAACUUAUUUUAAGUGUCCAGCUUAUACUUUUUGUUUUACAUUAGUACCUCUCUGUAAAUAAGUGUGGAUAAAUCAACAUGUUCUUUUGAGUUUUAUUGUAAAGAUCUAUUUCUUUGUAAAGUGAGCAGUGCCAGGACUGUGUUAAAAUAAGUAUUGUACUCUUUAUAUAUCACAUUUAUUUUUAUUUUUGCAGAAAUGCAGUGAAAUCAGAUUAUACAUAAAAAAAAUCUUUUCUUUAAUAUUUUUUUGUGGGUAAAAUUAACUUCUGUGUAAUUCUUAAAAUGAAUGUUUCCAUUUGAUAUUUUAAAAACCUGCUUUAAUGAAAGCAUUUGCAUUAUUUUGGGCCUUCUACACUGUAAAAUAAACCAAUGCUACCAUGACCUGCC